AUGGACCCCGCGAAAUACGGCAUCAGCACUAUCCCUCUGAACCACGAACCAUAUGGCCCAAUCAAGCCUGAGGUGCUAAAAGGCGCCAACAAGGAUAAGGUCGCCGUGGUGACGGGUGCUGCUCGUGGGAUCGGACGAGCCAUAUCCGAAAACUUGGCGAACUCUGGUGCGAAUCUUGCCAUCAUCGACCUCCUCGCCGAGCCUUUGCAGGAGACAAAGGCAAUCUGCGAGAAAUACGGUGUCAAGGUCAAGACUUACCCUUGCGAUGUGACGGACGUGCCGCGUGUCAGAGCCGUGUUGGAUGAAAUCGUGAAGGAUUUUGGUCCCAUUGAGUGUGUCUCCAUGCUCCCUGCGCUUCUCAACAAUGCUGGAGUAUCGCCCGGCAAGCCACAAUGGAUGGAAAGUUUCGAGGACUUUUGGAAAACGAUUGAGAUCAAUUUCAAGAGUCAUAUGCUCACAAUAUGGGCGGUGUUACCAAGCAUGCGAGAGCGCAAGUCCGGCGUGAUAAUCAACAUCGCUUCUCGCGCUGCGACGGUUGACUUCCCCUUUGCGAUAGGGUACAACUCGAGCAAGUGCGCAGACACACGAGCCAUUUCGACAUUGCAGGAGGAACUGGAUCUUGACAACCUGGACAUUCAGACUUAUGCCCUGCAUCCAGGCGGUGUAUACACAGCCAUGGCAGCCAAGGAAGUACGGCCGGAAAUGGUGGAAAAGUACCCCCAACUCACGUCACAUGGCACAGACUUCAGAAGUCUGUUCAAGGAUCCCCCGGAGCUUUGUGGUGCCACAUGUGCGUAUCUCGCGACCGGUAAGGCCAAAGAACUCAGAGGAAUGUAUAUAGACUGCAGACAAGAUAUACAAAGACUGCAGGCCGCAGGACGAGAGAAGUUGCAGCAGGAUGGACUGUAUACUCUGACGAUGAAGUUUUUGGAAGGGUAUAACAACGAGCCUUGA